ACAAAUUCAUUUAUUCGUUUCGUUCCCUUUCACUGAAAAAAUUUGGGUGUCAGCUAGUUUUUGUUCUUCACAACAAUACAAAAUAUAUGAUUUGAUUUUAUUUGUCUCUAUUGGUUGAUACUGAGACGGGCAAGAUUUUGGGGUUUGAAGAUGCAUUUUGCGGCAGGGAAAUGUGGGUUUGAAGAACUGAGACCUUUAAUUCACUUGUUAUUGCCUUUAUGUGUUCAUUGGAUCGCUGAAGAAAUGACUGUUUCUGUUCUUGUUGAUGUUAUUACUAAUGCUCUUUGUUCUCAAAACACCACUUGCCCUCAAGCUAUUUACUUCAAUGGAACUGAGCAAACGAUCGUUGGAAUUUUCAAAAUGGUAGUUCUUCCACUGCUUGGUCAGCUUGCGGACGAGUAUGGUCGAAAACCUUUGCUCCUACUAACAGUAUCAACAAGCAUAUUUCCUUUUGCAUUACUUGUUUGGGAUCAAUCCAAGGGUUAUAUAUAUGCUUACUAUGUGCUUCGUACAAUAUCAAAGAUACUGAGUCAAGGCAGCAUAUUCUUCAUUUCUGUUGCAUAUGCCGCGGAUACUGUACAAGAAAGUAGGAGAGCUGCAGUAUUUGGUUGGAUCACUGGCCUUUCUUCUGCUUCCCAUGUUGUUGGGAAUUUGCUAGCAAGGUUUCUUCCCGAAAAGUACAUUUUUGUGGUCUCAAUAGUUCUAUUGAUGUUUUGUCCCAUCUACAUGUACUUUUUCCUGCACGAGACAGUAAAACCAAUCCCGAAGAAUGAUGAAGAACCCAAUUGGUUAUCAAAGACGGUCAACGUUCUCAACAGACGAUUCAGAACUAUGAGAGAUGCAAUUGAAAUAGUCAUCGACAAUCCAACACUUCGGAGCAUAACUUAUGUUUCUUUCUUUCUGAAUUUGGGAAUGACAGGGAUCACUAACGUCCUAAUGUUCUAUUUGAAGGCGGUUUUUGGGUUUGAUAAAAACCAAAACUCAGAAAUUUUGAUGCUUGUUGGAAUAGGCUCGAUUUUCACUCAGAUGUUGGUGCUACCACUUAUAAAUCCACUGAUUGGGGAGGAAGCUAUAUUGUGCUUGGGAAUACUUGCAUCAGUAGCUUAUGCAUUGUUCUAUGGCUUGGCAUGGGCAGCUUGGGUUGCAUACUUGGCUGCUUCAUUUAAAGUCAUAUAUGUCUUAGCAAGACCUGCAAUUUAUGCAAUUGUCUCCAAAGCUUCAAGCUCAAGCAAUCAGGGGAAGGCCCAAGGUUUUGUUGCUGGUGUGGAGUCAAUAGCUAGUUUUUUGUCACCACUUGUGAUGAGUCCCUUAACCUCAUGGUUCAUUUCAAGUGAUGCCCCUUUUGAUUGUAAAGGCUUUAGCAUUGUUUGUGCCUCCAUAUGCUUGGUGAUUUCUUUAUGGCAUGGCUGUUGCCUACUGAAGGCCAAAGAACAUGGAAGCAAAGAGGAUGACGAUCCUGAGGAACCACUUUUGAAUGAUGCUUAAAUGUUGAAUGAUGUUAACAAUAUGAGUUAAAUUGUAAAUUUGGUUCACUCAAAAAAGAAAAAGUUAGAAUUUAGUCCAUAUAAUUCUAAAAGUUUGAAUUUAGUUUUUAUGGUUUGAUAAGAUCUUUAUAAAGGGUCUAUAUGGUCGAUAAAAUACUCGUAGAUAUUUUCUACCAUAUAGACUCUUUAUAAAAAAAAUUAUUCAACCGAGACUAAAUUCUAACUAUUGAGACUAUUCUAACUUUUUUUUUACUAUAAAGACUAAAUUUACAAUUUAACCAAUAAUAUAUAAAAAAAAA